UCAGGAUUGGAUUGUCCGUCUGUCUCUGGUUACAAGCAGUGGAGCCCUUUCCCUUCUCCUUCUCCUUUUCUUUCGUGAGAGAGAGGCUCGUCUCGACGACACACACCCCCAAGUCCUUCUUCUUCUUACUUCAUUAUUUGGAUCUGAUUCGGAUCUAUCACUCUCUCUCCCUCUCAGAUCUCCAUCGUCCUCUUGUAAGCUUCAUCAGACUUCUGAUCUCUUGUUACUACAAAACCCUAAAUCUCUUUGUCUAGAUUAAGAUUGCUUUCGAUUGGCAGCUUUAGUUGUGCAGAAGAAUCUGAGCUCUAUUGAAUUGCAGAUCCAUAAAGCUAAAUCCUUUCUACUUGUUUGACAUAUGUGGAGGAAGAGAAAAGAGGGUUUCUCUUUGAUGACAUGAGGGAUGUUAGCUACGUUAAUGAAACUACUGAGUGCUUGUCUCUGGCCUUCUUCCUCCUCUGGCAAGUCCUCUGAUUCUUCUUCUGCUGGGAGACAAGAUGGGUUGCUCUGGUACAAAGACUCUGGUCACCACCUGCUUGGUGAGUUCUCUAUGGCCGUUGUUCAGGCCAACAAUCUCCUUGAGGAUCAGAGCCAACUUGAGUCUGGCCCUCUGAGCACACUUGAUUCUGGUCCUUACGGAACUUUUGUUGGAGUAUAUGACGGUCACGGCGGCCCUGAGACCUCACGCUUUGUCAACGAUCAUCUCUUUCAGCAUUUAAAGAGAUUUGCAGCAGAGGAAGCCUGUAUGUCGAUGGAUGUAAUUAGAAAGGCCUACGAGGCGACUGAAGAAGGGUUUCUAGGGGUUGUGACAAAGCAGUGGCCGGUGAAGCCACAGAUUGCAGCUGUUGGGUCUUGCUGCUUGGUCGGUGUCAUAUGCGGAGGGAUGCUCUACAUCGCUAACGUUGGGGAUUCCCGUGCAGUUCUUGGAAGGGCUGUGAAGGCCACAGGCGAGGUUAUUGCGCUUCAGCUCUCAGCGGAGCAUAAUGUGAGCAUAGAGUCUGUUAGACAGGAAAUGCACUCCUUACAUCCAGAUGACUCGCAUAUUGUUGUGUUAAAGCACAAUGUGUGGCGCGUUAAGGGGCUUAUUCAGAUAUCAAGAUCCAUAGGCGACGUGUAUCUUAAGAAGGCGGAGUUCAACAGGGAACCAUUGUACACAAAGUAUAGACUCCGCGAGCCGAUGAAGAGGCCAAUCUUGAGUGGGGAACCGUCGAUUACAGAGCAUGAGAUCCAACCACAUGAUCAGUUUCUGAUAUUUGCUUCAGACGGGCUAUGGGAACAGAUGAGCAACCAAGAAGCUGUUGACAUCGUUCAGAACCACCCACGAAACGGGAUAGCACGUAGACUGGUGAAGAUGGCACUGCAAGCUGCAGCAAAGAAAAGAGAAAUGAGAUAUACUGAUCUGAAGAAGAUAGAGAGAGGCGUGAGGAGGCAUUUCCACGAUGACAUCACUGUCGUGGUCAUCUUCCUUGAUAACAAUGUGAUGAGCUCUGCCAAAGGAGGAUCCUCUGUUUCUAUCAGAGGCGGCGGUAUGACUUUCCCCAAGAAACUCUAAAAGUUACUUCCUCCUCCUUUUUUAGAUUCCCAAUCUUUUGUAGCUACGUAUGAAAAUGUUUUACUCUUUGUUGUUUGUAUAAGAAUGUAUAAUUGUAACGUGAAAGCCACACUCUACUGACGUUUGGAAACUCAAUUCCAGUAAUCAUUUAAUUUUUAUUUAUUCAGCAAACUUUGUGUAAUGAAGGAUGUAAUUGUUGUUGAUGGUGAAUGAAUGUAGUUGGCCUUUCUUAUGUCA